GCACGCUCCACACGCAGGUAAUUCCUCUGUAUCGCCUAUUUUAAAGAGACAAGCGGUUUGCGUUUAACGGCUACCAAAAUAAUAAUAAUAAAAACCCCUUCCUUUUCUCUUUUCAAGGGUAGGCCCUGAGACUACCGGCGCGUUCUUCACGAACCGAAUAAACCAUGUCUGCCGCUCCUUCUUACGCGCAAGACGGCACGAUGGCGCAUCUGCCUCCGCUAAUUGACUGCCACGUCCACUUUCGUGAGCCAGGACUCGAGCACAAGGGCGACAUUGCGAGCGAGAGCACGGCGGCAUACUACGGCGGCAUCUCGGCGGCGUGCGACAUGCCGAACACCGCCCCGCCAACACAGAGCAUCGCCGCUCUGGCCGACAAGGUGGCUCGUGCGACGGCCACCGCGCACGCCGACUGCCGCCUCUUCUUCUUCUUUGGCGCGACCGCCGAGGAACACCUGAAGGAGUUGGAGGAGCUGUGGACAAACCCAACUCACGCCGACCUCAAGCAGCACUGUUGCGGGUUAAAGCUCUACCUAGACAACUCCACCGGCAACAUGAAGUCUAGCGUCGCCGUCACCGAAAAGGCGUUUGAGCUGUGCGGUCGUCUCCAGAUUGUCCUGGUGGCGCACUGCGAGCAGUCGCAGAUAAACGACGCAGCGGCGGCGCAGCACCCCUACGACGGACCGGCCUCCCACUCCCUCCGUCGACCGGCGGAGUCGGAGGCGGCGUCGGUGCAGGAGGCCAUCGCCUUCGCCCGGCAGCACCGCACCCCGCUGCACCUCGCGCACGUCUCGACGGCGCAGAGCCUCGACGCGGUGCGCGAAACCCGCCUCGCCGACCCUACGCUGCCGCUCACAUGUGAGGUUACGCCACAUCACCUCUUCUUGACAACCGAGGAUUACUCUUGUUGCGGGGCCCGGGUGAAGGUGAACCCGCCGGUGCGGCUGCCGCAGCAUCACGAGGCAUUAUGGGCUGGCCUGCUCGACGGCACGGUGGACUGCGUUGGCACCGACCACGCCCCGCACACGCUGGAUGAGAAGAACACCGCGGGGCAGCCGCCGAGUGGGAUGCCGGCCAUCGAAGUCGUCGUCCCGCUUCUGUUGACGGUCGUGGCUGGGCGCUGGCCGCACCCCACCGCACCACGGCCGACGGCCCUCGUGGAGGCGGCGCAGCGGGGGCGCACGCUGCGGAUGGAGGACAUCGUACGGGUUCUGCAUACAAAUCCAAACCGCAUCUUCCACCUCGGCGAGCCGAGCGCGCCACACCGCAGCUUUGACUUGUCGUGUGCAUGGACGGUGGUGGGGACGGAGCUGCACUCCAAGUGUAGGUGGACCCCGUACGAGGGCUGGCAGCUGCUGGGGCGUGCCGUCUCACACUAG